AUGGCUGCAGCUGUGGUCAAACAGUGUCAGGAGGAGAGCACUGAAGACACCCCUUAUGAACUUCAUCCGUUACAAGAUUCGUGGUCCUAUUAUGUAUACUUGUACAAAAGCAAUGGACUAUGGGACGAGUGCCUAAACAAGGUGUCUACCUUUUCCACCAUCGAACAGUUUUGGGGUGUGAUGCUGCACACUAUCCCUCCUUCGACGCAUGCAUACGGAACAGAUGUUUACAUGUUUCGUUCGGAUAUACAGCCCAGUUGGGAGGAUCCGAAGAACGAGUCUGGUGGGCGGUGGCUCCUCAACCUUUCUCCCACUAGCCCAGUGGAUACCUACUGGGAAGAACUGUUAAUACUGUUGAUAGGCUGCGAUUGGGAGACAGAUGAACAGGCGGAACAGAUUUGUGGUGCUGUGUUUCAGCCACGCGCUCGGGGUCACAAAAUGGCUGUGUGGCUUUCGAACGGCGAGGACAAGGAUUCGAUCCUGCAAAUCGGAACUCGAAUCAAGGAGCGACUGAACUUCCCCGAUCAAAUCUACUUCCAAACAGUGACCGAACAGAAAUCCCUCGGUCGAGGGAAAGAUAUUACCAGUGGUACAUAUGUAUUGUAA